AUGUCGGGGGCUCCACCGUACAGCUUACGAUCUCCUCCUCCACCCGGCCAGCAGUCAACCUACAACUCUUACUCCUCUUCACCUCCGAAAAGUCACGCAUAUUAUCCGAAUAACGAACAAUACCAACAACACCCUCCGGAGACACCUCAACCCUACACUUCAUCCUAUUCCCGCAGUCCGCAUUUUCCUCAUGCCAGCUCUCCGCUUGCCAACACCUUGCCUCCCUUGAACGGCGGUCCUCAUUCGGAUACAUCCCCUUCUUAUCCGGGCCCACAUACAGGACAGCCAGCUUCUGGUUAUUCUUUGCCGCGAAUUCAUACUGGCCACGGCAUGUCCGAUACUCGCCCUUCUUCUUAUGGGCAACCAGGUUCUUCACACUCGCAUCCGCCAAACCGUCUUGAGAGUCAAUUGCUAUCGCCCAAGAAGGAGCCGGACACCUCAUUCAUGUCUGCUCGUGAGAAUGGGUCAAGCAGGUAUCUCACUCACUCUCCAGUGAUGCAUCCGCCUUCGCCGAAGGAAACUAAGCCUGCACGCACUGCCGAUCCCAUGUCUUUUGCCAGCAUUCUCUCAGAGCCCACCGAAGAGACUCCACCACCUCGACGAGCCUCGCCGCCUCCGCCACCUCUCCCUCCUGCGGAGCCUAUAAUUCGCACUAAAGAACCGGAGCCAGCUCCGGUAUUGCCUCUCCCUAGAUUGGAGAAGAAACCAAGUCAGGAGAAACAACCGCCUGUUGUUGAACAGGAGGAAAAGAUCAUUUUACCACCACGUGAAAAUGGCUCCAAAAAACAGGAAAAACCUGCCCCUGUCGUUCAAGCGCACGCUGUAAAAGCGCCACGCUUGACACAGAAAGAUAUCGAAGCCAUUGAGCGGGACAUAGCAGAGAUCGAUAGAGCCGAGAAGAGCGACGUCGAGGAUGGAACUGGCUUUGAGGCAGAGCUCAAGCUUUAUAUUGCCAAGAGCAAGAAGCGAGCAAUGGAAGCUGAUAUAUUGGAAUCUCAUAAGAACAAGCGCCGUCGUAACGAAUUUCUCCUGAAACUGAGCGCCAACUUUGCAAACGGUGCCGAGGCCGGCGGCGAGCGUUUCCGAAGAGCGAACGAGCGAGAAGUCAUUGCUGAGGUUCAACGCAAGGAAGUCCAGGAUGAGAAAGAGCGCAAAAAGGACAUGCAACGAAAGCGUCGUCGUGAGAACACCGUGCGCGUCGAGACUGCCAAGAAGCUUGAGGCAGAGCGUAGGGCCAAGCGUACCGUCGAUCCUGUUGAGAAAGAGAAACUUUUGCGGGAAGCCGAGAAAGCCCAGAAGAAAAUUAAAGGCGUCAAGCGGGCUCUUGAGAGAGGCAACCAACCGGCAGAGAUCAGCGAGGUCACCCCUCUUGCUCCUAAUAUGGAAGGUGGUACUACAAGUACCUUCCACAUUGGCAAAGAUAAAUCACCAUCUUCGAAGAAGAAACCAUCUCGUCCCACUCCUUCGGCUCGUCCCAAGAAGUCGAAAGAGAAGAAGCAGGCCGAAAAGGAUGCAGCUGAACAGGCUUAUUUGGCAGCAGAAAGAGACGAGCUGAUAGCGAUUGCACCAAAGGAUGAACUUCGCCCAACCGUUCCCAAGAAAGAAGCCAAGGGUGCACGUUCGAAAGAGCCUACGCCGUCCCCUGCUAAUGCUUUUGAAACCAAGGGCUACAACCAGAUAUACGAGCAAAUCUGGCGUGACAUUGCUAGGAAGGACAUUCCCAAGGUUUACCGCAUCAAGACCAUGUCACUCAGCACUCGUCAAGAAAAUCUGCGCAAGACGGCACAGUUAGCAAGCAAACAGUCUCGCAAAUGGCAAGAACGUACCAACAAGAGCACGAAGGACACACAAGCCCGUGCUAAGCGUACUAUGCGUGAAAUGAUGUCCUUUUGGAAGAGGAAUGAGCGUGAGGAGCGAGAUCUACGCCGUAUGGCAGAGAAACAGGAGUUGGAGAUGGCCAAGAAAGCAGAAGCCGAUCGCGAAGCCAACCGUCAGAAGCGAAAACUCAACUUUCUUAUCUCUCAGACCGAGCUGUACUCUCACUUUAUCGGUCGUAAGAUCAAAACCGAUGAAGCAGAAGCCACAGGCGACCCCUCCAUACAAAGAACUGGAGAAACAGUGCGGCCAGGAAACUCAGGUGCUCACACUAUCGAUUUACCCGAUAGUGUAGCGGACACCAAAGCCAAGGUUACGGCAUUCGAGGAUCUUGACUUUGAUGCGGAGGAUGAAACAGAACUUCGCAGGGCUGCUAUGGCCAACGCCCAGAAUGCAGUUGAAGAAGCCCAGGCUCGCGCACGAGCCUUCAACAACGAGGAGAAUCCAAUGGCAGCACUUGAUGAAGGAGAAAUGAACUUCCAGAACCCUACUAGUCUGGGUGAUAUUCAGAUUUCACAGCCCAAGAUGCUCACCGCUCAGCUAAAGGAGUACCAAUUGAAAGGUCUCAACUGGCUUGUCAACCUUUACGAGCAAGGUAUCAAUGGUAUCUUGGCAGACGAGAUGGGUCUCGGUAAAACGGUCCAGUCGAUUUCCGUCAUGGCAUAUCUUGCUGAGGUGCACAACAUCUGGGGUCCGUUCUUGGUUAUUGCCCCAGCAUCCACUCUUCACAACUGGCAGCAGGAAAUCACCAAGUUCGUUCCAGACAUCAAAGUGCUACCAUACUGGGGUAACGCAAAGGAUCGUAAGAUUCUGCGUAAGUUCUGGGACCGCAAGCAUCUCACAUAUACUAGGGAGUCGGAGUUCCACGUUCUUGUGACUUCUUAUCAGCUCGUCGUCCUGGAUGCUCAAUACUUCCAAAAGGUUAAGUGGCAGUAUAUGAUUCUUGAUGAGGCUCAGGCCAUCAAGUCAUCGCAAAGUUCACGAUGGAAGAACCUGCUCGGUUUUUCUUGUCGUAACCGACUCUUGCUCACUGGUACCCCCAUCCAAAACAACAUGCAAGAACUUUGGGCUUUGUUACAUUUCAUCAUGCCUACAUUGUUCGACUCUCACGACGAAUUUAGCGAAUGGUUCUCAAAAGAUAUCGAGUCUCACGCUCAGAGUAACACUAAACUCAACGAAGAUCAACUUCGGCGUCUUCAUAUGAUUCUCAAGCCGUUUAUGCUUCGUCGUGUCAAGAAGCACGUGCAGCAGGAGUUGGGUGACAAGGUUGAAAAGGAUGUCUUCUGUGAUCUGACAUACCGUCAGCGAGCAUAUUAUUCGAACCUGAGGAACCGUGUCAGCAUCAUGGAUUUAAUCGAAAAGGCCGCCGUUGGUGACGAUGCCGAUAGUACUACUUUGAUGAAUCUUGUGAUGCAAUUCCGCAAAGUCUGCAAUCAUCCAGAUUUGUUCGAGCGUGCUGAUACUCGUUCUCCAUUUUCUAUGGCACACUUUGCAGAGACUGCAUCCUUCUUGAGAGAAGGUCCCUUUGUUGAUGUGCUCUACUCAACACGCAAUUGCAUUGAAUACGACCUUCCUCGCUUACUAUUCACCGAUAAUGGACGUCUUGAUAUUCCAGGCCAAAACAAUCCAAAGGCUGGUUUCCAAAACAAGUACCUUUCACAUCUUAUGAAUAUAUGGUCACCGGAAAACAUCAAACAGAGUAUGGUCGAGAAUCAGACGUUUUCGUUCUUGCGAUUCGCCGAUGUCUCUCCGCAAGAAGCCUACGAAACGUCACGUGUGGGAGAAUUUGAACGCAUAGUUCGCCGACGCGGUGUGCUGAACCGACUCUCGGGACUCAAUGUGGCAUACGACAGGUCAGACGAUGAUGACAUUAAUUCUAUUCUUAUACCUUCGCUUUUCAAUGUGAUCGAGCGCAACGAUCCCACUGAUCUUUACAACUCAGCUACGGAAGGGUAUAUGCGAGGGCUUCUGACCGUAUCGCGCAAGACAUUCGAUGAAGGAGGACUGGCCUUGAUUGAGCCCGCAGCCCGUCCCGCAGCCGCAGCACCCCCAAUAACCGUGUCUUGUUCCGGCCAAGCAGCGAUCAGGGAAACAAACUAUGUGCUCUUCAAUGUGCCCGCUCGUCAAGCUCUUUACUCUAUACGUAGCCGGCAAUUAGAUGAGCAGAUUGUUGAGAAGAGAUUGGAUCCAGUGCCUUACUCACAUGCUCCAUUGCUACCCGAGCCUAUUUCGUCCAAGGCUCGUUUCACCAAGAUCGAGAUACCAUCCAUGAGACGGUUUGUCACCGACUCUGGCAAAUUGGCCAAAUUGGACGAGCUCCUUCGCGAACUCAAGAAUGGCGGUCACCGUGUACUCCUGUACUUCCAGAUGACUCGAAUGAUUGACUUGAUGGAAGAGUACUUGACAUACCGCAAUUACAAGUAUUGUCGACUUGAUGGAAGCACCAAGCUUGAAGAUCGUCGUGACACAGUCGCGGAUUUCCAGCAUCGUCCCGAGAUAUUUGUCUUCUUGCUUUCUACCCGUGCCGGUGGUCUCGGUAUCAACCUUACUGCUGCAGAUACCGUCAUCUUCUACGACUCCGAUUGGAACCCCACCAUCGAUUCACAGGCCAUGGACAGAGCACAUCGUCUGGGUCAGACACGACAAGUUACAGUGUAUCGUCUCAUCACUCGUGGCACAAUUGAAGAGCGAAUUCGUAAGCGCGCUCUGCAAAAGGAAGAAGUGCAACGAGUUGUCAUUUCAGGCGGCGCUGCUGGUGGUGUUGAUUUCAACACUCGUCAUCGUGAGAACCGCACCAAGGACAUUGCCAUGUGGCUUGCAGACGACGAACAGGCCGAGUUGAUUGAACAGAAAGAGAGAGAAGCGCUAGAACGCGGAGAUGAUCCGCUUGCGAAGAAGGGAAAGAAGGCCCAAUUGAAAAAGAAGAAGGAUGUUACAUUGGAUGAUAUGUAUCACGAGGGCGAAGGACACUUUGAUGAUGUCAGUGCGAAGCCUUCUGGUGCCGCAACACCUGUUUCAGGUGAAGCCAUUCCAGCUUCAUCCGCACUGGGCAAGAAGCGCAGUAAAACUGCCAAGGGGCCUUCCAAGCGCGCAAAGACGACCAAGGAACGUCUGCGAUUGAUUGAUGGCGACAACGAUCCUAUAGAUGAGUGA